UUUGCCUAUUUGAUGAAUGUUUAUGUAGUUAUUAAUUCUUGCGCUUUGAGUAACAUCUUCAUGGUUGAAUGCACUUAUUGUAAUUUGGACAAAAGCGUCUGCUGAAUGAAUGUACUGUAAUGACAUUGUGUGUGUUUUGUUUUUUAAAUUAAUAUCAGAGCAUCAGACCUCUGAUCAAUCUGUCUGACGUGAUACCUCCUGGUUAAUCUGUGGAGGAGAGUCAGAUGUGUCCUGUAUUUACCCUGCCCACAGAGCAGGUCCAAGUUUCAAAGUGUCCUGCUCGUCCCUCCGGCUCUUCACACACAAACACAAGCCAAUAUUGACCGGGCGGCCGGGAGUCGACCAGUUCACUGGAUGUUAAACCUUCAGCUUUUUCCAGCUCGCCCCGUGUUCCCACAAGGCUCCCUGCACAAGGAGCGACCGUCUUGACCCAGAGCUGUGUGUGUGUGUGUGUGUGAGUGUGUGUGAGUGUGUGUGUGUUGCCUUUUUGUAAACUGAGUGAGUGUGUGUGUGAGGGUAUGUGUGUUUGAGCCCACAGGCCUGGAAACAUGAGGCGUCCGCUGCUGCUGCUGCUCCCGGGGCUCCUGCUGCUCCACCAGGGCCGCUGCUUUGAGUUCGUGAUCGAUGGAGAGUGGGAAGAGAAGACGUCACAUCUCCAGGAUCACCGGGAGAGACACAAGAGAGCGAUAUUGACCAGCGAGGAGCAGGAAGACUUUGAAGCCAUCCGUGGAGAUGACAUCACCGUCAAGAGCUACCGGGUGGAGAGCCGCAUCACGUCGCGCUUCGCCCACACCACCGUCCGGAGCUCGGUGGUCAACUCGGCCUCCGCGGCCCAGAGCAUCGGCUUCAACGUCCAGAUCCCCAAGCGGGCCUUCAUCACCAACUUCACCAUGAACGUGAACGGGAUAACGUUCAUUGGCUCGGUGAAGGAGAAGACGGUCGCCAGGAACCUGUACGCUCAGGCCAGAGCCAGGGGCAAGGCGGCGGGCAUCGUCAGGGCUAACUCCCAGGACAUGGAGACCUUCAAGACAGAGGUCCACGUCCCCCCCGGCAGCCACAUCGAGUUCGAGCUGCACUACCAGGAGAUGAUGUACAGGAGGCUGGGUUUCUACGAGCACACGCUGUACCUGCAGCCCGGGAGGCUGGUGCCGCAGUUCCAGGUGGAUGUGUACAUCUAUGAGCCAAAGGGAAUUUCCUCGGUGCUGACACCAAACGCCCUGGGGGAGCAGUUCACAGGGCUCUUCAAAGUCACGUCGACCAAAGACAAGGCUCAUAUCGUCUUCAAGCCCAACCUGCAGCAGCAGAGGAGGUGCGACAACUGCAGCGGCAGCGCCAUCGACGGCGUGUUCACCGUCAAGUACGACGUGACCCGGGACAGCAACGCAGGGGAACUGCAGGUGUCCGACGGCCAUUUUGUCCAAUUCUUCGCUCCGUCCAACCUCUCGCCGCUUCCCAAAAACAUUGUGUUCGUCAUCGACGUCAGCGGCUCCAUGUGGGGGGUCAAGAUGAAGCAAACGGUGGAGGCCAUGCAGGCGAUCUUGGACGACCUGACGAUGGACGACCACUUCAGCAUCGUCGACUUCAACCACAACGUGCGCUGCUGGAGCGAGGAGCUGGUCCACGGCUCGUCCAUCCAGGUCGCCGACGCCAAGGCGUACAUCAAGAACAUCAAACCCAACGGCGGCACCAACAUCAACGAGGCGCUGAUGAGAGCGGUCCAGAUAUUGGUGAGGGCGUCCAAUCAGAGGGUGAUCGACCCUCGCUCCGUCUCCAUGAUCAUCCUGGUGUCCGACGGAGACCCCACCGUGGGGGAGAUCAAGCUCAGCGCCAUCCAGAAGAACGUGAAGCGGGUGAUGAGGCAGGAGUUCUCCCUCUUCUCGCUGGGCAUCGGCUUCGACGUGGACUACGACUUCCUGGAGCGCAUCGCCAUGGAGAACAGGGGCAUGGCGCAGAGGAUCUACGCCAACCACGACGCCGCCGAGCAGCUGCGGAUGUUCUACAGCCAGGUGUCGUCCCCGCUGCUGAGGACCAUCAGCAUCCAGUUCCCCGAGGACUCGGUGUCCGACGUCACCCGCAACCAGUUCGACAAGUACUUCAGCGGCUCGGAGCUGGUGGUGGCCGGGAAGGUGCUGCCGUCCGAAAGCGGCACGCUGACCAGCUUCACCACUGCGUCCGCUGCCCGUCUGGACAUCACCCUGGAGACGGAGGCCGACAUCGCAGAGCUGGACAUGGAGUUGGCCAAGCAGCAGCACUCGUUCACGGGCUUCGCCCGGCAGCUGUGGGCCUACAUCACCGUCAAGCAGCUGAUCGCUGACAGGUCCCUGGCCCCGACCGCCGCCAAGAAGAGGAAGAUCACGCAGCAGAUCAUGUCGCUGGCCGUGGAGCAUCAGUUCGUCACGCCGCUCACCGCGCUGCUGGUGGAGAGCGAGGACGCCAAGGAGAGGCUGCUGGCCGACUCCCCGAGGGACCCCAAGCACGGCUGCUGCUCAGGAAUUGGAGGCGGCUCACCGCCCAAUGGUCACACUCCGGUGCCGGUCGUCUACCAGCCACCGCCCUGGGUCCAGAUGACCACCCCGGCCCCCCCGAGUCAGGUGGAGAAGGGCCCAGAGGAGUGGACCCUGCCUCCUACGGUCAACUUAGUGGACAACGACCCUCACUUCAUCGUCCACCUGCCCGGCAGCAACACGGACGUCUGCUUCAACAUCGACUCCAAACCCGGUCACAUCCUCAACCUGGUGUCGGACACCGGAGCAGGCGUGGUGGUGAACGGUCAGUUAAUCCGCUCCAAGCAGGUGCACAAAGGCCACGUCAGAACCUACUUCGGCACCAUCUCCGUCUACCACCAGCCCGACGGCGUCAGCGUGACGGUGGGCACCGACGGCAUCGCCGUGGCCGACGGCAGGAGCAACCACAACUUCACCUGGGGGGCCACGGCCGAGAUCUCACAGGACGGGGUGAGGAUUUCCAUCGUGAAGGACGCUCACGUCACCGUCACGCUGAACGACAGCGUGCGGGUGAUGGUGCUGCUGCACCGCGUGUGGAAGAAGAAUCCCGCCAACGUCGACUUCCUCGGCCUCUACAUUCCCAACGACAACCGGUACUCGCCUCUGGUGCACGGCCUCAUAGGGCAGUUUUCCCGAGAGCCUGACGUGAGCGUGUACGACGUCCGCGAAGGCGUCGACCCCCUGAAGAAGGAGGCGACCAUGGAGGUGAAGGGCAACAGGCUGCUCGUCACCAGGGGCUGGCAGAAGGACUACCGGCGCGACAAGAAGCGCGGCUCCAACGUUUACUGCUGGUUCGUUCACAACAGCGGGAAGGGCUUCAUCGACGGCCACUACACCGACUACAUCGUCCCAGACCUCAACAGCUUCCUUCAGACGCUCUGAGCAGACAGCGAGAUGCGUUCAAGAACCCUGUGCAAAAACAAAAAAAUAUUCCCCACUGCUUUCACAUUUGUGACUACUUUUAAUUUUUUUUUGUCUUUUUGCCUCAAGAUUAAUUUAAACUACAGACCUUUCUUCACAGAUUAAGAAUCAUCAGACCAGACGUCACUUUACGUUGAAUUUAUUUGGACAAAAUUUACAUCUGUGAUGUUAAGAACAACUUGAAUAUUAAUCCAGAAUAAAAAAACAAAACAAAUUAAA